AUGCUCCCGAUAUUUGAGAGGGUAGUGGCAGGAAAGACAGCAUCAAUUGGAACUAUAGGAGCCCGUACAAAAAAGGUAUUCACUGGUCCCCCACUUAUACAAUAUUCUUUUGAUGAAGAUUGUACAAAGGCUGAGGAACAACAGCCACUAACAACUCCACCCUCUUCUUCUAUUGAUUGCAUUGUCUUGGGAAAUGAUGAACGAUCGCUGGCUUAUUCAACAACUUCUGUUAUAAAACUUCUUGAUCUAACUACAGGUAGAGAGUUGAGAACCUUGGUUGGUCAUGAUGCAAGAAUAAACGCGGCGGCUCAGAGCAACAGGUCCGUUUAUGUGUGGGCAUCAGCAUCUGCUGAUUGUACAGCCGCAUUGUGGGAUACUAGACUGCACCCAGCGAAGGUACAAGUGAGGAGAUUGGAUCGGACAGCAAACUGUGUGCAGUUCAGUCCUAACGAUGCUUUUAUUGCCGUUGGCUCGGAUAAUUUGUAUAUGAUUGAUUUGCGAGCACGUGCAAUGAGAUCUCUUUCGUCAUUAACACAGGUUUCACAUGUGCGCUUUCAUCCUUCUGAAUAUCUUUUGGCAACUGCAUCUGAGGAUCGUCUGGUGCGUUUUUGGGACAUAGAUUCCGAAGAAUGUGUAUCUCAGAGUGAUCCCACUGACGGGCCGAUAAGGUCUAUAGCCUUUCAUCCAGAAGGCUGUGCUCUUUUUACUUUAACAGAUAGGCGAUGUGGCGCAAUUUCUUGGGAGCCUUUUGAUGUCAUAGGGCAACGUAGUGUUACAAAUUGCGACCGAGCACUUGGUUUGGCGGUUGAUGAUCAAAGUGUCUAUGUACUCAGCCGUUCAUUGACUUUGAAACAAUUCUCCGUUCAAAGCGCUAGUUUUUCGGCUUUGUUGAGUUUGAGUCUAGAACAGGAUGAUGAAGAAGUGGGCAGCGGAUUCAUUGACAGUAUCCGGGUUGAAAAUGAACAUUCCCAGACGGUUUUAAACAAGAAUUCUGAAGAUACAGAUCCUGAAGUUCAAAUCUUUAUGCCUUCGAGAACUCUGCCAAGAACUCCUCCUCCACAACCUUUUACAAUUCCUCCGUGCGAGGAAGUGCAGGAUCAUAAGCCACGACAGACGAAAAGCGAGAAUGUUGAGACAACAGAGUUGUUGAGUGAGGACACGCUGAUUGAAGAAAUUCUUCAAGGGCAUUCGAACGUUGAAUUGAUACUAGAACAGAGGAGAGCUUCCUUUGACAAUCUGCGCCAGUGUUGGCGAAACAAGGGGCUAGAAAGUGCAGUUGUCGAAGUAGCAAAGAUUGGUGAUCCGUCUUUACAUGUUGAGCUACUUUCAGUCUUGAAUCAUACUCCUUCUCUGUGGAACUUGUCUGUUUGCUGCUCGAUUUUAGCUAAUUUGGAUUCGCUCGUAGCAAGCAAGCACGAAAGUUAUGUGGAGGUUGCUUUGGCUGCAUUAAGAACUGCUAUAAGCAGCUACGGAAGCAUCAUACGGGAGAAUGCUCAAAACACUUCUCAUAUAGGAGUCGAUAUAACUGCCGAAGAGAGGCAUGAAAAAUGUGUGAAGUGUGUGAAACAACUAACGGACAUGCGCGUCAAGGCCUCUCUUAUAAGCCACCAGAUGAGUUCAAGGCAUGCUCGGGAGUUUAAUGUCCUUAUGCAAAUUUUUGAUGAUACUAUUUCUCCCUUAUGA